AACCUUUACGGUUUUUAACCUACGUUAAAUUGUACAUUAUCCAAAUGUAUCUGUGAAAGUACUUGUAGUAGAGUAGAGAAUAGCUAUCAUUUUUCUCUCGGUCUUAGCGGGUUUUACUCAAGAAGAAUAUAAUUUGUUAGCUCAAGGUAAUUAGCUACGGAAUUUAGAAAUGACGUUGCAAACUAAGCUGGAUAUUAAGUGUUUGUCAUAUAGUCUAAAAGAAGAUAGACCUUUUGAUACUUUGUCGACCUGGGUUACUCAUGUUCAUUUUCCCAGUCGAAAACAGUGGAUAUACGCGAAUGUUUCGGUAGAAUUGGACUGCUCUAAUCACACUGUAUCAAUGUUUGGUAGGUCGUCAUUGAUGUAUACUGGUAGAAGAAAAUAUGGUUUAAGAGCUUCUGAUAAGACGGCUAAGGAAGUUGAGUUUGAUGUUGAGAAGAAAAUGGUUGAAGUGAUGGACGAUGAGGAUGUUGAAGAGGGUCCAAGCUUAAUGAAUGAUGAGGAGAGGCGGGAAUGGAGAAGGAAAAUUAGGCAAGUGAUUGACAACAACCCAGAGGUAGAGGAGGAGGAUGACCCAAUUGAAAAGACGAAGAAGAUGGAGAAGCUUCUUGCUAAUUACCCUCUUGUUGUUGAAGAAGAAGAUCCCAGUUGGCCUGAAGAUGCAGAUGGCUGGGGUUUCAAUUUAGGCCAGUUCUUUGAUAAGAUUACAAUUAAGAAUAACAAAAAGGAUGAUGUUGAUGAUGAGAAUUACGAUAGUGAUAAGGAAAUUGUGUGGCAAGACGAUAACUACAUCCGUCCGAUAAAAGAAAUCACCUCUAAAGAAUGGGAGGAAACUGUAUUUAAAGAUAUUAGUCCCCUGGUUGUUUUCGUGCAUAAUCGAUAUAAAAGACCCAAGGAAAAUGAAAAGGUCCUCGAAGAAUUGGAGAAAGUGGCUCACAUCUUCUGGAACACUGGGCUUCCUUCCCCUCGAUGUGUUGCUCUCGAUGCUGUUGUUGAGCUCGACCUUGUCUCCGCCUUAAAAGUUACAGUUUUUCCUGAAGUUAUCUUUACCAAAGCAGGAAAGAUCUUAUACCGCGAGAAAGGGUUUCGGACGGCAGAUGAGUUGUCAAAGAUAAUGGCAUUCUUCUACUACGGAGCAAUUAAGCCACCAUGCUUGGCUACAUUACUUAAAGAAGACCAUGAACUGAUCCCUUCUGCUCCAAACAAUGUUGACCAAGACUAAACGGUGACGGGGAUGUUGUACGAUAAAGGUUAGCUAAAUGUUUUUAUGAAGUUGGGUAGUGCAUUAGAGUUGGUUUCAGUCAUGGUAGAAACUUUGCAAUCUUAGUUAGGUUACACAUCAACUGAGUUUAGAGUCAGACAUCAAAUAUGGUCAGUUGUGAGUCUGACCCUUGUUCAGAUUUUAUUCAUAUCGGCUACAGGGUUCAGAAAUUUCCAGUUCAAGUACCCUUCAUAAGAUAAACAGAAUUAAAAAAGAUACCUCUCAUUUUCAGAUCCUUUGAUGUAUCCCGCAACUUAUAAGAGGAAAAUUCUUCUUGCAAGAAGAAUAAAAUGUAAUUUUUGACAAUUC